AUGCGUUUCUCGACCGCCGUUUCCGCCGCCGCGCUCGUGGCCUCGGCCGCCGCCGCCGACAACUACCUCGGCUUCAACUCCGGCUCGACCAAGGCCGACCGCUCCGCCAAGUUCAAGAAGGACUGGGUCGCCGAGUUCACCACCGCCCAGAACCUCAAGAACGCCCCCGGCACCUUCAACGCCGUACGCCUCUACACCAACAUCCAGGCCUACUCCGAGGAUGACCCCAUCGAGGCCUUCGAGGCCGCCAUCGAGACCAACACCUACAUCCUCCUCGGCGUCUGGACCUCGGGCACCCCCAACAUCGACAAGGAGCUCAGCGCCCUGACCAAGGCCAUCAAGAAGUACGGCGACAAGCUGACCAAGCUCGUCAUCGGCAUGUCCAUCGGCAGCGAGGAUCUCUACCGCAACUCCGUCACCGGCGUCACCAACAAGGCUGGUGUCGGCGCCGACCCCGACGUCCUCGUCGGCUUCAUCAACGACUACCGCCAGGCCACCGGCAAGGGCAACAACAUCGAGAACUCGGGCCAGCUCUUCGACCGCGCUUUCCGCGCUACGAUUGCCGCCGCCGGCGAUAAGCCCGUCUGGGUUACCGAGACCGGCUGGCCUUCCAGCGGUCCCGACUGGGAUCUCGCCGUCUCUAGCGUCGAGAACGCCAAGUACUACUGGGACGAGAUCGGCUGUCGUGUCCUCUUCAACAAGUACCCCACCUUCUGGUACACCCUCCGCGACUCCAACCCCGACAACGAGAUGAAGUUUGCCAUCACCGACAACCUCUCCACCACCCCUCUCUUCGACCUCAGCUGCCCCACCACCUUCAAGACCCCCGAUACUUCCGAUGACGAUACCGACAGCUCCGGCUCCGGCUCCGGUUCCGGCUCUGGCUCUGGCUCGGGCUCUGGCUCUGGCUCUGGAUCGGGCUCUGGUUCCGAUUCUGGCUCGGAUAACUCCGCCGAGGGCUCUAACGCCGAGAACUCGGCCUCCAGCUACACCCUCUCCAUUGCCUCCGUCGCCCUCGGCGUCGUUGGUGCCUUCUUCACCUUCUUCUAA